CAGUGUCAUGUGGAUGCCUGUGAUGACAUGCAGCCACCUGAGUUGUUUGAGGGUGGCUCUGGAUAUGAUUAUUCUUACACAGGGGGCCGUGGUUCAUAUGGAGAUCUUGGAGGACCCAUCAUCACAACACAAGUAACGAUUCCCAAAGACUUGGCAGGAUCUAUUAUUGGAAAGGGAGGACAGAGAAUCAAACAAAUACGUCAUGAGUCAGGAGCUUCAAUCAAAAUUGAUGAACCACUAGAAGGCUCAGAAGAUCGAAUAAUAACUAUUACAGGAACACAGGACCAGAUACAAAAUGCUCAGUAUUUACUGCAGAACAGUGUGAAGCAGUAUUCUGGAAAGUUUUUCUAAGACUAGUGAAGAACUGAAGGAGUCCUGCACCCUUUUUUUUUUUAAUCUGCUUCCCGCCCCCCUUUUUUUUUUUUUUUUUUUUUUUAAAUAAUCUGCUUCUGUUUAAAAAGCCAACAUUCCUCUGCUUCAUAUGUGUUCAGCAUUUGAGGUGUAGUGGAAUCUGCUGUUUACCAGAUGUAAUGUUUUAGUUCAUUACAAAUAUUGAGGAGGGAAAGGCCGCACAAGAAUAACUGAAAUUUUGAAACAGCAGCAGAGAGUGGAUUUUAUUUUUGUUCAUUGCUGGUGGUAAAUUGUAAUGUGGUUUUGGUUUUUUUUUUUUUUUUCUGUAACUAUUGUGAACAUCCUGCUUUAGGGACA